AAAGUCAUCUCACUCUCUGUUUCCAGAUUCUCUAAUCCUCAAACUCACUUUUAACACUUAUACUGCUCCUGGGUUCCUAAUUCUCCUCCCUCUGCAACAAAGCUAAAAAAUCUACUUCACUCCCCAUUCUGAUAAUAGCCAACUCUUCAUUCUAGUCGCCAUCUUUUACCAAACUUCUCUAACCAAUUUGGAUCCACACCCAAAACCUGAGAUGAACUAUUAAACUAUUCACAUGGGUCAUUUAAAUCUACCAGCUUCCAAACGAAACCCGCGGAAAUGGAAGCUUUUGGACAUCAUAUCAGCCGUAUUCUUCGGUCUCGUAUUCUUAUUCUUCCUGUUAGUGUUCACCCCUCUCGGUGAUUCCUUGGCUGCCUCUGGUAGGCAAGCCCUGUUGCUUUCCACGUCGGAUCCCGGGCAACGGCAUCGAUUGGUGGCCCUUGUGGAACUGGGCCACCAUCACCAGCCCAUUGAAGCCUGCCCUGCUGAUUCCGUUGAUCAUAUGCCAUGUGAGGACCCCAGGCGUAACAGCCAGCUGAGCAGGGAGAUGAAUUUUUAUAGAGAAAGGCAUUGUCCUUUGCCUGAUGAAAUGCCUCUUUGCUUGAUCCCCCCUCCUCUCGGCUAUAAGAUUCCUGUUCAGUGGCCUGAAAGCUUGCACAAGAUAUGGCAUUCCAAUAUGCCACACAACAAAAUUGCUGAUAGGAAAGGUCAUCAAGGAUGGAUGAAAGAGCAAGGUCCUUACUUUAUUUUCCCUGGAGGUGGAACAAUGUUCCCUGAUGGAGCUGCACCAUAUAUCGAGAAACUUGGACAGUACAUUCCCAUAAGUGGUGGAACUCUUAGGACUGCCCUUGAUAUGGGAUGCGGGGUUGCAAGUUUUGGGGGUUCAUUGCUAUCGGAAAGCAUUUUGACACUCUCAUUUGCUCCAAGAGAUUCGCACAAAGCACAAAUACAAUUUGCAUUGGAAAGAGGAAUACCAGCAUUUGUUCUAAUGCUUGGCACUCGCAGACUUCCAUUCCCUGCAUUUGCAUUUGACUUCAUCCACUGCUCUCGAUGCCUGAUCCCUUUUACCGCUUAUAAUGCAACUUAUUUCAUUGAAGUGGAUCGGUUACUUCGCCCUGGCGGAUAUUUGGUCAUCUCUGGACCCCCUGUACAGUGGCCUAAGCAAGAUAAGGAGUGGGCAGACCUCCAGGCUGUAGCAAGAGCAUUGUGUUAUGAGUUGAUUGCCGUGGAUCGAAACACAGUCAUUUGGAAAAAGCCUGAUGGAGAUUUGUGUCUACCAAACCAAAAUGAAUUUGGGCUUGAAUUAUGUGAUGAAUCGAUGGACCCAAGUAAUGCAUGGUACUUUAAGUUAAGAAGAUGCGUGACCACAACAUCUUCUGUGAAUGGAGAAUAUGCUAUUGGGAGAAUUCCUGAUUGGCCAAACAGGCUAAUAAGGGCUCCUUCAAGGGCCUUGGUCAUGAAAAAUGGGUUUGAUUUGUUUGAGGCAGACACAAGGCGGUGGGCGAGGAGAGUUGCCUAUUAUAAGAAUACUUUAAACGUGAAGCUUGGGAAUCCAGCAAUACGCAAUGUCAUGGACAUGAAUGCAUUUUUUGGAGGUUUUGCAGCAGCACUUACAUCCGAUCCAGUAUGGGUGAUGAAUGUUGUUCCUGCUCGGAAGCCAUUAACUCUUGAUGUUAUAUAUGACAGAGGCCUUAUUGGAGUAUACCAUGAUUGGUGUGAGCCUUUCUCAACAUACCCCCGUUCUUAUGAUCUCAUCCAUGUAGCUGGCAUUGAAUCCCUAAUAAAGCUUCCUGGUUCAAGCAAGAGCAGGUGUAACCUUGCUGACCUAAUGGUGGAGAUAGAUCGGAUGUUGCGUCCACAAGGAACAGUUGUGAUUCGAGAUUCUCCUGAAGUAAUAGACAAAGUGGCUCGCAUAGCUCAUGCAGUAAGGUGGACAGCUACCAUAAAUGACAAGGAACCUGAAUCACAUGGGAGAGAGAAAAUUUUGGUUGCAACCAAAACCUUUUGGCAGCUAAUUUCUGCAUCCCGUUGAGACAGACUUUGUUCUUUCUAAUGUAGGUAUUC